GAGGACAAAUGCUAGCAUCAGUGGCACAGGCAGAAUGAGAGAGAGCAGGGAGCGGAAUUAUGUGGAGGAGGACUUUAUUAAAAAGUGAGAGAGAGCAGCUGAAAGAGGAGGGCAGAGAGAGAGAGAGAGAGAGAGAUGCUGCCACGGAAGAGUGUGGAUAAAGAAUCCUCCAUCUUUAACAGCUUGUGAGGGAUAAACGUAUAUGAAAAACUAGGGACGUAGGCAGGAAUAAAUGCUCAUAGAAGACAAAACCAACCAGAUCAUACUACCACAGGCUGUGUAUUAUAACUCCAAUCGAUCAGAUUCACACAGACAAAAGACGAAGAAAAGAGAGAGAAGAAGAAUAUGUGGGAAUCAGGCAGGUGAGAUGACAUUUUCACACAGCGUCCACAGCCAUGAUGUCAUCACAGCGAGAUUAGACAGCCUGCCUGGGCGUUACAGCUGAGGACGGGGUGUGUGUGUGUUCUAGCGUAUGUGAACUCUGAAGAAGAUGGAGAGGAGAUCCAGCUAUGAAUGAAGGGCCACAGAUGGAUCAUCACAACACAACAUGGGUUACAUGGAGAGUAAUGUUUAUUCCCACCACAACUGGACAAGAUGAGAAACUGUUGCUUUAGGAGUAGGGAGCUCUGAUGAACAGAACAGAGGUGUAUGUUUCUACCAUAGACUGUAGUUCUUACCCACCCACUCUCACCAGGGAGCACCACAUCUGGUCCACAGGGAGCCAUUCUCUGCCUGCAGCAGUCCCAAACUGGAGCUGAAGCGAACAGGGUUGGAGCGGUGUCACCCAGGGCUGGAGCCUGGACCAGAGCCCCUGGUUGGCACACAUAGCAUGCUACACCUGACCUCACCUGGUCUCAUCGCCUAGCAUUACCUGUGGGUUGUCCUGGGCUUCCCUGACUACAGGGAGGAGGAAGAGGAAGUCACUGCCUUACAGAAGAAGAACAACAGAGACAUUCAGAGUCAGCUAUAGGAGACAGAGAACUUCCUGUUGAAUUGACCCUAGGGCCCAGGCUGGUCCUGCUCCCUGAUUGGAGGAUGGGAACGGCAGAGGUCAUGUCAGAGGUCACGGCACGCAUGGACAGCAUGGAGGUCAAGGAUGAGUGGCAGGACGAAGACUUCCCCAGGCCUCUACCAGAAGAUGGAGACAUGGAGGACAGGGGGCUCACUGACAACACGACAACUCCCCCUAACACCCUUAACGUUGGAGUUUGGGGUGAGUCGUCGGCCCUGCGUAAGCGCCGUACGCUGGUAGCUCCGGACAUGAACAUGUCAUUGGACCAGAGCGAGGGUUCCGUCCUGUCAGAUGACUUCUUAGGUAACCCUGACGACCUGGAUGUCAACGUGGACGACAUGGACACGCCCGACGACAACGACUCCUUGGAGUUUAUCACCAACGGCAACGACCUGGAGUGGGAAGACGACACUCCUAUAGUGAGUUCCAAGGGUCUGCCUGGAGGCCAGACAGAGGAGGAGGAGGAGGCAGGCAGACUGUGGAGGACAGUGAUCAUAGGAGACCAGGAACAGAGGAUAGACAUGGCUGUCAUCAGACCAUACCUGAGGGUGGUCACACAUGGAGGUUACUACGGUGAGGGUCUGAAUGCCAUCAUAGUGUUUGCGGCGUGUUACCUGCCAGAGAGCAGCUGUGAGGACUACACUUACAUCAUGGAGAACCUCUUCCUCUAUGUGAUCAGUAGCCUGGAGUUGUUAGUGGCUGAGGACUACAUGAUUAUCUAUCUGAACGGAGCUACGCCUCGCAGGAGGAUGCCUGGUAUCAGCUGGCUAAAGAGGUGCUACCACACCAUCAACAGGAGGUUGAAGAAGAAUCUGAAGUGGCUGGUCAUUGCUCACCCAUCCUGGUUCAUCCGAACAAUCCUGGCCAUCUCCAGACCCUUCAUCAGUGUGAAGUUCCUGGAUAAGAUCCGCUAUGUUCACACAUUGGAUGAGUUGAGCCAGCUGAUUCCUAUGAACCACAUACAGAUCCCAGAAUGUGUCCUGCAAUAUGAUGACCAGAAGAUGAUAGCACAAAAAGAAAGUCCAUAGGCAGGAGAUGGAGCAUACCAAGUCUGCACCCCCCACGGAAAGGUAAAACAAGAAUCCACAACCCGGCUGAGGAUUCAUGAGGAUACUGUCUAUCAGGGUAAAAGACUUCUUGGCUGAAGAUAAAGGACUGAUGGAGAAAUGAUGAGGACUGGUGUGUGGGUGAAGAGGGCUCCUGACAUUACAUCAACAUCAUCCUACCUUGUCUUACUUUCCACACAGCAGAUACCCUGGUCUGUCUGUCCCAUGGAAUAAACCUUCCCUGGCUGAUAGCACGACCCCUGUCUCAUGGAAUAAAUCUACCCUGGCAGAUAAUCUGACCUCUGUCCCAUGGAAUAAACCUACCCUGGCAGAUAGCCUGACCUCUGUCCCAUGGAAUAAACCCACCCUGGCACAUAGCCUGACCUCUGUCCCAUGGAAUAAACCUACCCUGGCAGAUAGCCUGACCUCUGUCCCAUGGAAUAAACCUACCCUGGCAGAUAGCCUGACCUCUGUCCCAUGGAAUAAACCUACCCUGGCACAUAGCCUGACCUCUUUCUGAUUGGAAUAAACCUACCCUGGCACAUAGCCUGACCUCUUUCCGAUUGGAAUAAACCCACUCUGGCACAUAGCCUGACCUCUGUCCCAUGGAAUAAACCUACCCUGGCAGAUAGCCUCGCUUCCUCUUACCAUUUCUCCUUGCAUGAAUCAAUCAGCUGUGAUCUAGCCUGCUGCAUGAUGAACAUGCAUUGGGCUGAUGCAAGAUGGCUGGAUGAAUUCUGUUAAAUGUGUUUAUUUCCUUUGAAGGGACAAGAACAGGCUUUGGUUGGUACAAGCCAGAUGUACAUAGUUGUAAUAACAUUGUAAUAAUGUAAUGUAAUAACAUUAAUGUAAUAACAUUGCUGUAAUACAAGUAUGAAGGUAUAUGUGUGCAACAAGCAAUAAUGUUUGAUAUAACCAAAACAUUUAUCUUCUUUUCUUCAAUGUAUAAAUGCUAUUGUUUUUAAAUAAUGUGCAAUAUAAGCAGUUCCUCUUCUGAACUGACCAAAUUAAGGUUGUUACUACUGUAACAAAUGAAAUAUCUUUUAGUUUAGUGUGUGUUGUUGUGUUUUCUGAAGGUUACUAGACAGAUGGCAUGCUGGUUAAAAUUUUCUUCCUCAUCAUCUGGGAUAUAAAAUUUAAAAAACUAUCCUCUGUAAAAAACUAUCCUGGGUAAAAAACUAUCCUGGGUAAAAAACUAUCCUGGGUAAAAAACUAGCCUGGGUACCAGUCUGUUUCUGUUAUCAUUUCACGCCUCGCCACUUCUUGUCAUGCCAUGUUUGGCAAGGAAUGGAAUGAUAGUACAGACUGGUACACAGUACAGACUGGUACACAGUACAGACUGGUACACAGGACAGACUGGCACACAGGACAGACUGGCACACAGGACAGACUGGCACACAGGACAGACUGGCACACAGGACAGACGGGCACACAGGACAGACUGGCACACAGGACAGACUGGUACACAGGACAGACUGGUACACAGACUGGUACACAGACUGGUACACAGGACAGACUGGUACACAGGACAGACUGGUACACAGGACAGACUGGUACACAGGACAGACUGGCACACAGGACAGACUGGUACACAGGACAGACUGGUACACAGACUGGUACACAGACUGGUACACAGGACAGACUGGUACACAGGACAGACUGGUACACAGGACAGACUGGUACACAGGACAGACUGGUACACAGGACAGAUCAAAACACUACGGAUGAUCUUAGUUUCCUGGUUCAUUGAUGAGCUGUCUCAAUUCCUCUAUUUCCAUGUAGAGAUCUUACUUUACAUUUAUCUAUUGUUUACACCUAUGAUGCAAUGCAUUUAAAUGACCUAAUUAACUGUUUAAAUUAUGUGUUCUUAUAUAUAUAUAUAUUAGUGUGUGCUGUUCAUUGUUUGUAAUACAAUUUUGUUGGAAAAAUCCAAUCAAGAUACUCCAGUUCUUGCUAUCGAACAGCCUCUACCAUAUUAUUUGACCUAUUAAAGUGUGAUUGUUAUCGUGAG